AUGGCUGAUGUUCCUCCCCCAACCUCAUCCGAGCUUCUAAGGAUGGUCACCGAGCUUCAACAAGCUAACCAACGAAUGGCGGAGGACAAUCAGCGUAUGCAAAAUCAAAUCGCGCAACUGGAACAUGCUCGUCUGGAGCAUAACAAUAAUAACCAUGAACAACACGGGAAUGAUGAACGGCAAUCGAUACCAACUCAUGUCUCGGAUACCCCGCAACAUAGGGAUGACGAGGAACAACAGAAUGAAGAAGCCCAACCUGAAGAUGAGGCAGAAAACCCAGAUAACUCUGUAGGACCGUUCACAGCUGAGAUAAUGAACUUCCAGCUACCCAGACAGUUCACUCUACCGACCACACUAACCCCAUAUAACGGGCUGGGAGACCCAAAACAACAUGUUAAAAAAUUCCGAUCAAUCAUGAUCGUUAACGGUGCCUCUGAUCCUAUUUUAUGUCGAUGUUUUCCUUCUUUUUUAGAUGGUCCUGCACUUGACUGGUUUUGUUCCUUGCCUGCAGAUUCUAUUUCACGUUUUCAGGAGUUAGCCAAGCAGUUUGAGGACCAUUUUGCAGCCUCGGCAAUAUAUCUUCAUGAUUCUGACUACUUAACAACCAUCAAACAGGGUCCACAGGAAAGUCUGAAGGACUACAUAACUCGAUUCACUAAGGUCGCCAUGAGUAUUCCGGACCUCCAUCCCGAGGUGCACCUCCAUGCUAUUAAAAGUGGUCUUCGUCCAGGGAAAUUCCAAGAAACCAUCACGGUAGCUAAACCGAAAACUCUUGCCGAAUUCCGCGAAAAAGCUAGGGGACAGAUUGAUAUUGAAGAGCUUCGCCAGGCACGGAAGUCAGAAAAACCAGUCGCUAAAGAUGACGAAAGAGCUCGGGAUACCAGGAAGGGUUUCAAACCAAUACCUCGUUACGAAUCAUAUACCCAGUUCAACACCAAAAGGGAUGAUAUCAUUAAGGAAAUUCUGAACUCAAAGUUGAUUAAACCCCCCCCGUAA